AUGUCUGCCGAAAACACUUCCACCAAAAACCUUGACCUGGAAGUCGCCCGCCAUCAGAAAGAGUUCGCCACAAUCAAGAGCAACAUGUCGUUCCUUCAAGCAUACGACAACUUCAUGUCGUCGCGAUCUCCCGAGUUCUUCACCGUGUUCAAGAUCCGCAUGAGCGACCUCACUCGCCGCGAUCCCGACCCGAGAAAGCAACAACUCACGCUCAAUGAUCACCUCAUGCUGAACCAUACCAAGCAAGGCACCGACUUCCACAGCCAUGGCGCCAUCUACUACUACCUCUUGACCUACUACAAGAUCGAUCUCAACCAGCCCAAUCCCAAUUUCAGUCUGGUCGAUGAGGAGAUCGCUGCGUUCUUCCCAAACCACGAUAUCAAGCCUGAAGAUCGCGACAUGGACGACGAGAUUUCUUCUGCUCGCUUCGACUUUCCAUCUUCCUCCACCAAUAUCAACGAAGAUCGCCCGGUCAACCCUCAGCCUCAACGCCAGCGCCUCCUCGAUGCUUACGAAGAAGCAUGUAACGAGUACAUCGCUGUCGCCAACGCUCGCAAUGGCAGCACCCUCCAGGCCGCAAAGUACCUGCGCGACACUGCCGAGAACUUGGUCAUGUUCAUAGAUGACCUGGAAGUCGAUCCCAAAAAGCGUGAAGAUAUCCUGUUGAUGUUCGAGACUGCUAAGUUAGCUGUUCAAGAACUCACUGGUGGCAAGAUUCGCAAGUUCGAUACUGGCUACCGCAGCUAUCAACGUCAUAACAGCGGCGGUGCUGAGAGAAAGCCUGCUCGACCCAACUAUCGCACUCGAGCCCGCCUUGCUGAAGGCUAUGAUGUUCGCAACAAUGGUCGUCGGUCUGUGUCUCCGGUCCAAGAUCGUCCUUACUACCACAGUCCGCGAGGUCAAUCCAGCACUCCAGGUCCCAGACACCCAUCCCAGUACAGUACCUCGGAGCGCUACUAUCCGCGCGACGAGCCAGCCCGUCAAUAUUACGAGCCUCGCGAUGACCCGAUCCGUCAAUUCCAGGAACCUGUCCGUCGCGAUUCCGUCCGUGACACUCAAGAUCACCUUGAUAGCCAGCGCGGCUCCUGCCGUCUCCCGUCAGAACGUCCAGCUGCUGCCUACCCAUACUCCAUGGGCGCCUACGAAGUCCGAGCUCCAGAAUACCGCCUUGGCGAUGAAUACCGCGUUCGCGACCACCAGCAGUCCGGAACCUAUCGCGUAGAAGGCAACACCAUCAACACCUCGACCGGCUACACCGGGAAUGAUUUGAGAGGCCGUAACAAGGGUCGCGGUCACUCCGGUAUUCCAUACGGCUACAAUCAGGACCGUCAGGUCGACUCCUACAAACCUGGCCAGUCUUAG